ACCCAUAAUUUUAGUCUAAAACGCUAAUCUAUAAACGUGUAAAUAUAUAUGUAACUCGUACAUUGUACACAAGUCGUGGGUGCUUACACAUGAAGCAGGUCGCUUAUCCCCGUGUAUAAUUUGUCUCUUGAUGAUUCUACAAACAUACUGACUAUGUAACUAUAUUAGCAAAAUGGAUCUUAUAGACUGCGAGCAGUAUACCCUCAUGAUAGGUUUGGUCAAAAUGGCUGAGGAAUACCUCACCGAAGAUGUAGAUUUAACUACCAUAAAAGAACGCGUUAUGCGUAAGGUGCUCAAUAUCAACAACUACAUCAAAAACCUCUGCGAUUACUAUGACAAGACCAAAAACCGACGCAGCCAAGGGACACAACUUAUUGUCGAUCAAACUGCCAAACCAGAAAAUGAAGACCCCCCCAAGGAAUUUGGCACAAAGAUCGAAAAGUACGUAAAGAGGAACGAGUUCUUCGUCUACUCAGUCUCAAUGUCCUUCAACCCAAAGAUUAAGGCUGUCAGCGAUCUGCUCAAUGCAAGCAAGGAAGGCGAUGGCGUCUGCACAAUCACCGCGAAAAUGCCAAAGGAUGAACAAAAGAGGGGCUUCUACCUCCGUCUAAUGCUCAAAUGUAUAUCAAAGUAUGCCGUUGUUCUAAAACUGCAACCCGAAAACAAUGGCACCGUCUCAAACAAAAUUGUUAAAAGAGAUCAAUCACACGAAACAGUACUCAAACCAAUACCCAAAUAUUUUGAUGAAGACUACUCUGAAAGCGAAGAGACCACCGAACACACCGCCGAAACAAAACCCGGAAUAUACGGAAUGUCAUCCUUCUUCAACCAAAGGACACAAAUACUCUCCAAAUAUCUACAAAGCGGAAUCGUACUCCGAGAUGACGACAAGUUCGCCAACGAACGACUCUUGAAGGAAAAAAUGAGAACCAAACGUGUUAAUUUAUAGUCUAUGUAUAACGCUUUAAAAUUUUGAAAUAAUCUCGUGC